GAGGAUGAGAGCAGACUUUUUACAAUUACAUUGUGAAAGAUAAUUUAAACAUAGCACAAUUGACAUCAUGGACGAUGAGUGUAACACGACGAUCAAGGAUACGUUCCAGGAACCACGAAAAAGGUUUUGGCUGAGACCGAGAAAACGGCUGAAGAGCGAUGCGAUAAGCGUCAGCUCGAUGGACAUAUCCAUGGAUUCUGACAUGAGUAAGAAGAAGAAACGUCGUAGAAUCACGGAGGUUGCCAGCAGCAUAUUUUCUUCUUCCACAUCGAGUAAAUCAGGAAACACUCUACAUAGAUCCUUCACGAUCCAACCAAACUCCUCGGACCUGUCUAUCAUUGAGGAUGAAGCAGACACGAGAACGUUACGUAAAAAAUUGAAUAGUGCUACUGAGAGCUGUAACAGUUUGACAAUCAGGAGUUGGAUGUCAGACAUCGCGCAGCCACGCGGCGACGAGCGAUUGAACAGCAUAUUAAGUCGAAGUGAGAUCAGACGGCAAGAGGCCAUUUAUGAGUUAUACUGCGGCGAAAAUGUAUUAUUAAAUGAGCUCUAUAUGCUAAGAAACUAUUACUAUGAACCGAUGUCAGCCACUGAAAUCUUUACAUCCGAAGAGUUAUCUACGCUUUUUGGCGAUCUCAUAAAUCUCAUUGAAAUACACAGUAACUUGAGAGAUGAAUUGUUCAAAUUACGGGAUAGAUACGGAUUCACAAAGACCGUGGGACCGACGCUAUUAAAUUGGCUGUCGACAUUAAAAAAACCAUAUUUGGAAAGAUGCAGAACAUUAGUUUGGGCAAGGCAUUUAUUGGAGGAGAAGAGAUUUACCAAUAAGAGAUUUCAGUCAUUUUUAAAGAAGCGCCUAGAAUCACCACAUUCCGUCGAUCUGUGGACCUAUUUGGAUGUGCCACGUUCAAGGAUCGUGAAGUAUCCACUGUUAAUAAAGGAGAUCUUAAAAUAUACGCCUGCUGCUGACGCAGAUCAUUUGCCAUUGAAAGAGGCGAGUAACAUAUUCUCCGAUUUGCUGAAGAACAUCGAUUUUAUCAUGGGCAAUGCCGAGUGCAAGCUUGCUCAAUCAAAAAUAAAUGCGAAGAUUGAACAUGAUCCUGAAAAAUGCAUCGCCAACGCCACAGAGUUGAUUACUGAGGGUCAACUUAAGGAUACACGUGGAAUAAAAUAUCAUUGCUUUCUUUUCGACACUUGUUUCGUGAUAACUCGCCCUACGCGGCGCGUUAACAAAAAGUACAACGCAUCAUUUCCUAUCAUACCCAAGGAACAGAUGUGUGUGCAAGUGGAAGAUAAAAAUAUCGCAGAAAUUUGCUUCAAGAUUGGAGAAUUUUCUUUCAUAAUGGAAGACGGGCACAAAAAAAGACACUGGGUUGAUUCAUUCAACAAGAUACACUCUAGAAUAUGCAUUCCAGAUAAAGUAUUCAAUACUGAAGACAAGGAAAACUUGUUGGACAACACAGAGUUAACGACAAAGUCAAAUAAUUGUGUCGCGAGAACGUCGAUAUCCAGGAGAACUUCCACAAGCAGUAUAAAUGACAAUCUAUUUUCUUUUUCCAUAAGGAAGAGUCUACUUAAGCAAAAACGCAACAGUAUUGGCUAUAUAUAGUGAAAACUCACAUUCGGCAGCUUUUAUCUUUUCAAUAAGAAGAAUUGAUGUAUUGUACAAAAAUGAUAAAACGAUUCCGAUCAAU